ACGCAAGAGCGGUGCUAAACAAAAUAAACGCAUAUCGAGACAAAGACAGAGCGGCGGCGGUUCACUAAAUUUUAGUAUAGCGUUCGCUGGCGUUCGUUACAAAAGCAGCUGCUGCGUUUCCGCGUGUAAUUAACGAACGUAACCGAGUCUAGUUUUGAACUCUACGUUCAUCCAGCCGCGUUGACGUAAGUAAGGUGAGCAAGAAUCGCGUGAACCCUCGCGAGUUGAUUAGUUUGACAUUACGAAAGCGUCGAGGUUUUAACCUCCAAAUCGCCGCCACGACGAAUCUCUCAACACAAAGGGAAAAACGGCCACGGCCGAAUAAUAACAAUCAGUGCUCUCGUCGUGAGCAACAACAGCAGCACGAAGUUGCAAGAAACAACAUGACGGCCGACGUAUCCGAGCUACGUAUGAACGUAGCUGCUUUGAAACGCGUGGAUCCUUAUGUUAAGGAUAUCCUCGAAACUGCUACUCAUGUCGCCUUGUACACCUUCAACGGGGAUAACAAUGAAUGGGAGAAAACUGAAAUUGAAGGUGCACUUUUUGUCUAUUCCCGCAUCGGCGAGCCUUAUAAUAGUAUUCUCAUCAUGAACAGAUUAAACACAAAGAACCAGGUUGAGCCAGUUACUCCGGGCUUGGAUUUACAGUUGCAAGAGCCUUUCUUGUUGUACAAAAACUCAAAGGGGAACAUUUAUGGCAUUUGGUUUUAUGAUAAAGAUGAGUGUGUGAGAAUUUCAUCAAUGCUAAAUAAGCUAGUUAAGGAAUCUGAUACUAUAAAUAAAUCAACACCAAAGAAUAAAAAGACUGUACAAAAGAAAGCCAACAAUGUCGAUAUAUUCAGUAUGUUGAGUAAAGCUCAAGAAGACUUCAAUACGAACAAAACUGGAAGUGGAGAAAGAGGACCAAGAGGUAUAGAGCCUAGAUCUCCAAUGAGCCAUGCUAUUGGAGAAUUAUCAGGAGCAUUGGCGACUAUGGGCAUGGCUCAGGAUGUUACAUCUAAGAGUGUUAUGGACUUUUUUGCUAAAGCAAAAGUAAACACUGGACAUUAUAAAUCUGAACCACAGGCAGGUCAUGUUGUCAAUGACAGUAAACCACUAUUAGCUCAAAUGAUGUCACAUCCAGUGCACAUCACAGCAGCUCAUACAUUAGAACACAUAGAGAAGCAGCAUAGGUCAAUAACUCCACAACCUAGUGUUCAAUCAAUAUCACAAGGAAUGAUGGCUUUAAAUAAUCAAAGUUGUGAAAAUUCAAUAAUCACAAAGCUCAAAAAUAAAUUGCCACCUCAAUCAAACACAAAUGCACCAUUACCAAGUGGAUUGGUCAAACAGGAAUAUUCUCAAAUAGGUACUGAUGAUACAAAUGGUUCUUCAAGUUUUCUCAGGAUACAGUCACCUACAUCAAGCCAUUCAAAUUCUUUAUUGAGUCAACACAAGCCAAGUCCAGGAAAUUUUGGAGGAUGUGAUGCAUUUCACAAGCAGACCAACUCUGUACCUACUAAUCCAGUUUGUUUUGAAGCUUUAUUCCAUCAAAGUACAAUGUCAAAUGUAUGUGAUGACAUAAUUGCACCACAGCUUACACCUAAACCAUCAUUGUCAACCAGUGGUUCAGCACCUGCGUUAAUUCCUCCAGGUAUGUUUGCUGCACCAGCAAGUCCAGCUAUUCCAGAGCCACUAAACAGACCACUAGAGCCUUUAACUAGGAAUCAACUACUUCAAGCUUUUAAUUAUUUGUUGCGCACUGAUCCAGAGUUCAUGAACAAAUUGCAUGAAGCCUACGUUAAAUCAUUCAGUGAAAUUCUCUCUUAGACGCGCG